GUUCUGGAAGAUUGUGAUGUGAGUUACGUAGUGCUGUUGCAGAGACUGCUACUGUACAUUAUAACCUCAGCUGAGAGGUAAAUAGCAGGCUGCUAAAGCAUUAUAAAUAUGGACAACAUUACCAACAACGACACAUGUGAUCUGUAUUUCCACCACAAAACAGCAAGAAUUCUGCUGCCGAUAUUUUACAGCAUGAUUUUCUUAUUUGGACUGCUUGGAAACCUGUUGGCUUUGUACGUCAUCCACAAAAACAGACGGAAACUAAACUCCACAACACUCUACUCCAGAAACCUGGUCAUCUCAGAUAUUUGUUUUGCUAUUGUGUCACCUACCAGAAUUGUGUAUUAUGCUAUGGGUUUUAAUUGGAUCUUAGGAGAAGCGCUUUGCCGAAUUACAUCCCUUUUCCUUUACAUCAACACUUAUGCAGGUGUAAACUUUAUGACUUGCUUAAGCGUCGACCGUUUCUUUGCUGUUGUGCACCCACAAAACAAAGUUAGGAGAGUGAAGUUUGCCAAGAUCAUCUGCAUUAUUGUUUGGGUGCUAGUUUUCUUCCAGACAUUUCCACUACUUUUACAGGAAAUGUCACAGAAGGAGCCAGAUGGUAAAAUAACCUGCAUGGAGUACCCAAACUUUGAAAAAAUCCCACAUUUGCCAUUCUUGCUUCUUGGAGCUUGUUUUAUAGGAUUCUUUAUUCCUCUAGUAAUAAUACUGUAUUGCUAUUCUCAAAUAAGCAUAACACUUUGCCAGACUACAAAAUCAAAUCCAUUAUCAGAAAAAUCUGGAACCAACAAAAAGGCUACUAACACAAUCAUUUUAGUUAUCGUGGCGUUUUUCAUUUGUUACACUCCUUAUCACAUUGCCCUUACUCAACAUAUGGUUAAAAAGUUACUUUACACCCCAGGAUGCAAUGAGCUGAAACAAUUUCAAAUCGUUCUUCAUAUUAGCGUGUGUCUAAUGAACCUGAACUGCUGCCUAGAUCCGCUCAUAUAUUUUUGUGCAUGCAAAGGAUACAAGAGACAAAUCAUGAAAAUAUUAAGACGGCAGGCUAGCAUAAGCUCUUCCAGUGCCACAAGGCCUCAAGCUGAUGAAAGCUCACAUGACUGCACAGAAAGCCAAAUAGGGCAAAACAUGCAACUAAACCAGGAACUCGGGACAAAAAAAGAAACAAAUAAAAUAAGACAAAACAGCAUGUUAUGAAUGUUACGUAAGAAACGGUAACCUUGGAAGAGGUUAAGGUUUUACAUGCUACAUAAUGAUGGAUGAAUAUAGGUUAUAACAGUGCUGAAGCUUACAUAUUACAAUCAUUAUAAAAUGGCUCUGUAAUUCAUUCUACAAAGGUGUAUCUAAAAAGAGUGUGCUUAUGGAGGAGUUGCAUAUUAGUUUAUGGUUGUUCAACUGAUGCCUAGUGCAAAAGGAGUAACACAGGGUUGUCUAUUCUUUUGUAAUGUCCAGGCAACUAACUCAUUUUGUGGAGAUCUCCAGAGACAAUAAAACCGUCUCCCUUAACCCAUCCAGUUUACAAGUGCUGUGGGCCAUCCCGGACUAUAGUAACACAACAGUGAACUGAGACAUUACGACCCCAUACCCUGAUGCAAAUUGCAUCUUAACAAUCCCCACAGUUGCCCAAUAAUCUCCAAGAGGUGUGCAAUUAAAAGCAGGAAAGUAUGGAUACAUGUGAACCUUUCACCUACAAUCAGUGGAGGCAUCCAUACUAUAGUCUGAACCAGUUUACGACAUAUAAACUUGCUAGUAAACAGUGACAGUGAGGCAUUGCUGAAUUGAUCGACUAUAUUCUCAUGGGUAGUAGAUCAGACUAAAGAUACCCAUAUUGUCUAUGUAACAGGCUCAUAUUAACCACAUCACGGUAAAUCGUUAAAUUACUAGGUGAGCAAAAUGAAAAGUAAUUCACAUUUUAUAUAAAAAUAUGUAAUAUAUGUAAUGUGUAAAGGUUUGCAUACUUUGACAGAAUCCAAGAUGCUUCACACUGUUUUUACAUUUGACACUGAAUACAAGCUGUUUGACAAACUACCAGCAGUGUACUUCAACAGAACACUGGGCUGUACAGGAAAUAUAUCCCCCAGUUUUAUCACAACUAUAUUUUGAUAUAGAAAGAUUCUGGAUUUGUGUAUGUAUAGUUUAUUUUUGAAUAUUAAUAUAACAGCUCUUUUAUUUAAGGCAAUUUGCAUGUCAGAUACAGAGGUCUUCAAAAGUAAUAUCACAAGUAUUGAUCUCACUUUCAAUAACCACUUAUCAAGUAGGACCCACUCAUAGACAAUUGGGUUGUCUCUCCUUUAAAACACAGAUUACCUGAAACUGGAGGAAUCAGAACAAAGAACAGAGUAAGGAUUUGCUUGGUUUUCCUUCAGGAAGUGUUGCUUUAGAGUUAGUUGGCUUCAUGAUAACAGAGGAAGCUCCAGGGUUGGAAGACCUACUCAUAUACUGUACAAGGGGUUGCGCAAAAAUUAACUGCCCAAACAGGAAUAUCACUCUAUAAACACUAUAACAAUUUAAAUAGUUUUCUGCAAGUAUCCUGAUUGUACUGACAUAGUAGAUAGCAAACAAAACUUGGUAAAUGUAAAAAAUCUAUAUAUAUAAAUAUCAAAAAAUGUAAAGAAAAAAUGCAUAAAUAUUAUGCAAGGUACCAUGCAAUACUGUAAAUAUUAUAUAUGCACCUAUAUAAUGUACUGUACUGUUUAAGUCACA